AAAGGGAAGCGGUGUGGGGCUGCGGGGCCAGCGGGGAUCCGGCCAUGGAGGCGGCGGGGGCGCUGGCGGCGGGGGCGGCGCUGCUGCUGGGGCUCUACGGGCUCCUCUACUACUACUUGGUGGCGGCCACCUGGUGCCGCAACGCGGUCAGCCUGCGGGGCAAGACGGUGCUCAUCACAGGUGGAAAUGCAGGGAUCGGGAAGGCCACAGCAGUGGAUCUGGCCCGGAGAGGUGCCCGGGUCAUUCUGGCAUGCCGUGACAAAGCGAGAGGAGAAUCGGCCGUGUACGACAUUAGACGGGAAAGUGGGAACUCGGAGGUGAUCCCGAUGAUCCUGGAUCUGGGCAGCCUGAGCUCCGUGAGAGCUUUUGCGCAGACCUUCUUGGAAUCGGAGCCCCGUCUGGACAUCCUCAUCAACAAUGCAGGGGUCUUCCAGGCUGGCCAAACGGCUGAUGGCUUUGACCAGGCCUUCCAGGUCAACCACUUGGGCCAUUUCCUGCUGACCCACCUGCUCCUGGACCGGCUGAAGCGCUGCGCCCCGAGCCGGGUUAUAAUUCUGACCUCAAGUAUUCAUGUCUUCGGGAAGAUUGACUUUCGGACCAUCCACAAGCCGGUGGAGGGAAUGUGGAAAGCUCUACAUUCGUAUUGCAACAGCAAACUAGCCAACAUUCUCCACGCGAGAGAGUUGGCCAACCGGCUGGAAGGAACCGAUGUUGCCUGCUACGCGGUUCAUCCAGGAGCUGUUAGAUCUGAAAUUGGUCGCUCCUUUCCAUGGUGGUUGCAUCGGUCGCUUUCAUUCAUGAACCUGUUCAGCCGAGAUUGUGACGCAGGUGCCCAGACCUCCAUCUACUGCUCCACCGAGGAGGGCAUCGAGAGGCUGAGUGGGCGGUAUUUCAUGGACUGCCGGCUCUCGGAGCCUUGGCCACAGGCCUGCGAUGACCAGCUGGCCAAGAAGCUCUGGGAAUUCAGUGAGAGGCUGCUGGGACUGACCACUUAAGAUGGGAAAGUUACUGCAGUUUGCAGUAACUGAAAGCGCGAGUCCGAUUAAACUGGGAGAUGAAACUGCAGGGAAUCUGGAAGCUACCCAGAGGUUGUGUUUGAUGUGGAAAUUGAAGGGUUGAAUUUCCAAGAAGUUUAAAAAUUGGAAAGCAUUGUGGGAUGUGUCACGGUGAGUUGCCCAGUGUUGCCCAAAGACUCUCAUUUGUGAAUAAAGACUGUUCCUGCCCUGUUUUAAAAGGGGCACGUUUUA